AUGGAAUCUGCUUGGGGUACUCGCAAGUCAACUCGCACUCAAGGCGAUGGAAAUGCAUCCACGACAGGUAGCAGCGGAGGCAGCUCUAAACUAGUGCAAUUGCAGAGGCAGAGUUCUUCUGCUGGACUUGGAUUGGCAGCAUCUACCUCGGGUCCGGCGUCAUCAUCCAGCGCGGCCAGCAAUGGACCCACGAUCUCUGGAGGUGCAUUGGAUUUUGGCGGCAGUAUUAGUGGCGGUAGUGGUGGUGGUGGAAGUGUUCGGGGCGAAUCAGGGCAACUUCACUACAGUUCCAAACUUGCUCACGGUAUCUCAGGGAAUCAAAGUCGACCUCCUGCUGUCACAGGUGGAGUUUCUAGCAGCAGCGUAGAAUCAUCUGGAUCAGGAUCGGGAACAGGUACAUCUGCAGCGGGAUCCACUGUUGCAGGAACCUCAAAAUCGACUGCUGUCCCCUUGACUGGUAUAAGCACUGGAUCACUGCACCCAUUGCACUUCAACUGGGUGUUUUGGUUCAUGCAUCGUGCUCCUGGUAGCAAAAUUGUGAAUUAUGAAAGCUCAAUGAAGAAGAUCGCCACCUUUGGAUCGGUAGAGGACUUUUGGGCUGUAUAUUCGCAUCUAAAACGACCUCAUGAAUUACCAACUGUAAGCGACUAUCACUUGUUCAAACAAGGUGUGCGACCUGUGUGGGAAGAUGCGACCAAUAUUAAUGGAGGCAAAUGGAUUGUCCGGUUGAAGAAGGGACUAGCGAGCCGUUAUUGGGAGAAUCUGGUGAUGGCUGUAAUCGGAGACCAGUUUGAUGUUGGAUCUGAAAUCUGUGGCGCGGUGUUGUCGAUCCGUGGAGGCGAGGACAUCCUUUCGCUAUGGAACCAGUCUGCACACGAAGGGCGUAUCAACUUGAAGAUUAGGGACACAAUGAAGCGAGUACUGAAUCUACCUGCAGACACGAUUAUGGAAUAUAAGACACAUAAUGAUGCACUCAAGGAUAACUCCAGCUUCAGGAACACGGAUGUGUUCAGGUGA